AAGUAGACAGUCAGGACAGUAAAGGAGGGAGUGGGACUUUGUCUCACCUUUUCUCUGCCAACUCUAAUCCAUAAAUCCUCGCUGGGGUCACUGAGACUCAAUGAUAAGGUUAGUUAGAGCCAUUCUGUACAGUUGGUUUCUUAUGCAUACAUAUUUUUUUAAAUACACAUUUUUAAUUACAUGAUUGGCAGGCUUCACAAGGCAUAAAGAACAUGGACUUCUCCAUACAUUGAGGAUUAAAAAGGUUGAACCUCCUAUUUGUUUCCAUGAUCAUGUCCACCAGCCGCCCCAGUCUCGCUAUGGCAGCUCCCUCAGCAGCUGAACACAGCGGAGAGGAAAGUGAGGAUGAUCUGGCACCUCAAUCAAACCUUCUGGCCAACAUGAAUAACAGCAACAACAAUGAAAAGGAAAAAAAGAGCAAAAAGAAAAAAGAAAAGAAAGAGAAGAAGGAGAAAAAAGAGAAAGAAGAGGAGAAAGAAAAAGAGAAAGAAAAGGAGAAAGAAAAAGAGAAAGAAAAGGAGAAAGAGAAAGAGAAAGAAAAGCCUAAAGAAAUAUUUGUUAUUAAUCCUGCUGGGAAUUUGUACUACAACUGGCUUUUCAUCAUCACUUUACCUGUCAUGUAUAACUGGACUAUGAUCAUAGCCAGGGCAUGCUUUGAGGAGCUGCAGCAUGACUACAUAAUCUACUGGAUUAUUUUAGACUACAGCUCCGAUCUCUUCUACCUGGCUGAUAUGUUCUUCAGGACCAGAACAGGCUAUCUGGAACAAGGGCUGUUGGUGAAAGAUGAGAAGUUGCUGCAGGAUAACUACGUCAACAGCCGUCAGUUUCGCCUGGACAUUCUUUCCAUGCUGCCAACAGAUAUCUUUUAUUUCAUCCUUGGCCUCGACUACCCAGAAAUUCGCAUCAAUAAGCUGUUAAGGAUUGGCCGAAUGAUGGAGUUCUUCACAAGGACAGAGACAAAAACUAACUACCCAAACAUCUUCCGCAUCGCAAACCUAAUCAUGUACAUCCUCAUCAUCAUCCACUGGAAUGCCUGCCUGUACUUCUCGUUCUCCAAAUCUAUUGGUUUCGGUGCAGAUGAAUGGGUCUACCCAGCUCUGGACAAUCCUGAGGAGCCUGAAUUUGGGAAACCCAUGAGGAAGUACGCUUUCAGUCUUUACUGGUCCACACUGACACUGACCACCAUUGGAGAAACCCCACCACCAGCUCUAGACUCAGAAUUUCUCUUCCAUGUAGUGGACUUCUUAGUUGGAGUCCUGAUCUUCGCAACCAUUGUGGGAAACAUUGCCACCAUGAUAUCCAAUAUGAAUGCUGCCCAAGCCCAGUUCCAGGCCCGCAUUGACAACAUCAAGCAGUACAUGCAGGUUCGAAAAGUCAGCAAGGAACUUGAGUUGCGAGUCAUCAAGUGGUUUGACUAUCUGUGGAAUAACGGUAAAGCUCAGGAUGAGAGAGAGGUACUGAGGUAUCUCCCAGACAAGCUGAAAGCAGAAAUAGCCAUCCAGGUCCACAUGGACACCCUGAAGAAAGUCCGUAUCUUUGCAGACUGUGAGGCAGGCCUUUUGAUCCAGCUCGUGCUCAAACUCCGGCCACAGGUGUUCAGCCCCGGAGAUUACAUCUGCAAGAAGGGCGACAUCGGCCGGGAGAUGUACAUUAUAAAAGAUGGCAAACUUGCUGUUGUUGCUGAUGAUGGUGUCACACAGUUUGUUGUGUUGGGAAGUGGGAGCUACUUUGGUGAAAUCAGCAUCCUUAAUAUUAAAGGCAGCAAAUCGGGCAACAGGCGGACAGCAAACAUUCGCAGCAUUGGAUAUUCUGACCUCUUCUGUCUGUCAAAAGAUGACUUAAUGGAAUCGUUGACUGAGUAUCCAGAUGCCAAAGCCAUGCUGGAGGAGAAGGGGCGUCAAAUCCUCAUGAAGGAUGGUUUAAUAGAUUUGGAUCCUGCCCACAUCAAGCCUGAAGCUAAAGAGCUGGAGGAGAAGGUCAGUAAAUUAUACAGCACAAUGGAGCUGAUGCAGAUUAAACUUAAGAAGGUUUUGGGAAAUUACAAGAGCUCUGGCACAGCUCUGAAACAGCGAAUCACUGAAUUGGAGCGCAUGAGUGGAGAGGAGGUAGAAGAUGAAGAUGAAGAGGUGGAAAAGGAAGUAAAAACAACAAGCAAAAGCUGAUGAGGAGGAAAAAAGAAGAUGAAAAUGCUGAAGGAGAGGAAGAAGAAAAGAAAAAAGUACAAAAAGGUGAGGCGAGUGAGAAAGAUGAGAAAAGAGAUGGAAAGCAAGAUGGAGCAACGUCUGAUAAAGUGAAAGAUGAAGACGGAAAAGUGGAAAAGAAAAAAAACAAUCCUGUGUUUUUUAUUAAACAGCACACUCUUAUCCCCUAUGCACCUAUAAUAAAUAAUUUUAUUGGU